AUGGAACAUGUUGAACUGAAACAUUAUCUACUUAUACUAACCACUGCGUCACUACCGCUGAAUUACAUCGCUGCUCUACCGGGUGCAGUGACGCAUGCCAUGCGGGUUAUAGUCUGGCUAAGUUGCAUUCUCCUCACCCAACAGACAACAGGCCGGACACUCUCUCUCUCGCGACGACUUGGAUUGAAGUCCAAACGGCGAGAAGGACUGACCUCACCAAAGGAAGCUUUUCCGAAGGAAGCUACGCCAUCAGCUGAUGAUAGUAUUGACGGCUUGUCGACUAAAACCAAGAAAAAGGGACUCAAGUUAUCGAUCCCUAACCCAGUGAAGAAGCUGCUUAAGAAGAGUGCAGGAUCUCUGAAAAAAAGCAGUCGAUCGUUGAAAUCCGCACUUUCCCCCAGGAAGAGGAAAAUUAUCGAAGACCAACUGAGCCCAGACGACCGACAUCUCGACGACCUAUCUGGGAACUUGGGUCCACCCGAACUGAGCCAGGCCGCUGCGCUAGAUGGGGCCGCUGGACCAGACCAGACCGCUGAAAUAGAACAGGCAGUUGAACAAGACCAGCAGACGGCUGAACAAGACCAGCAGACGGUUGAACAAGACCAGCAGAUGGUUGAACAAGACCAGCAGAUGGUUGAACAAGACCAGCAGAUGGUUGAACAAGACCAGGCGGUUGAACAAGACCAGGCGGUUGAAUCAGGACAGGACGAAGGGUCCGAAUCUGGAGCUACCGCAGCCGGGGCAAAUGCAGAAGUCGAGAGCGAAACGCAGACCCAACCACUACCAACGAAAGCUCGGGUCAAACGAAAAGGAAGUCGCGGUCCGUUUUCAGCAGAGGCUCGGGAAACCGCGCGCGAGAUAAUUCAGUGUCGGCGAGAUCAGCGACUGUGUUGA